AUGUCCAAACCCCCCUUCGAUCUAUUACGACCCCGAGCUGACCAAAAAACUGACGACCUCGAUGAUUCACAAGAGUCGGGGUCUUCGAUGACUUCCAGCGGUGGGGCUUCUACCCUCCAGAAGAGGCUGAACUUUGUGGGCCUCAAAGAUCCGUCUCAACAGUCCAAAAUCCUGACCUUUGUACACAAUACAAAAGCCCAAGACCGGACUCGAAAACGCCAGCAGCCAUUAAAGCUCGAACCUCUGCCUGUACUGAAAGUCUACCAGGAUCAUAUGCAGCCAGAAUACAUAUAUGAACAAAACCGAGCAAAAUUAAUAAGUUCUGGACUGCUCCAACCUCCACCAAAACCUUUGGAAAGAAUACCAUUCAGUGAAUCAUUUGCCUCAGUUUCAUCAGAAAUGAAAAAAAAGCAGGUACAACUUUUGUCUGCUGAUGUAAUCUCUCCUUCCCCUCCUAAACAACAACGGACCACUAGUGGGAGAACAAUAUUCCAAAAACAGAUUUCCGCAACUUACCCUACGUUAAUUUUUCAAGACCGAGAAGACGUCAUUAGAGCCAAUAUUAAAGACCCUUUGCAAAUUAUCAAAAUAAUAUGUGAGAAUAAACACCUUGGCUUCCUGUACAUGAUCCCUGCGGUGCCAACAUCAUCCAUUGAAUACGAUCCCUACAAUCUCAGAGUUGUAAAUUAUGAAAAUGUCAACAAAAAUGAUUACUACACUAUUAGCAAAAGAGCAGUAACUCACACUUGUGAUGGAGAAGUGGAAUUUAUUGAACUGACUCGGUGGGAGCAGGAAUAUUUGUAUCACCGAGAGCUCACCAAGAUCCCCAUCUUUUCACGUUUCCGCAAAUGGAAGGCAUUUACCGUAUGGAGAAAGAACGUCCGCUCCAAGAAAAUUAACGGAUGCCGAAAAGCUCUCCAAGAUAAUCUGUUCAUUGUUAAUAAUUACUUGAGACCAGCUGUUCUCAGGAUCAAAGAAAUGUGUUAUAACCUAAGUUUUAUGGUACUUUGCUCUAUUGAGAAAGGACAUACGUAUACCUUAAUAGAAUUUAAAGCUGCUCAACUCAAACAGUUAGGGGAGGUAACGGAUCGUCUCUCACAUUUCAGAAAUGUGGCAAAAGAUGUAGUUAGGAAUGCUUGCCGAACAGCUUUGCAGGCCUCUGGAUUCAUUCCUGACGAUUGCCUUUUUGACACAACCUUGAGAGAUGAAACAAUAAGAACAAGCUCUCCAAAUGUGCUCGAUGUGGCACUUGAUCGUGAUAUUUAUGGAGAAACCGAGAAAAUGACGUACACCGAACAGGCCAGCAAAAGGCACCACUGCAUACGGCUGACGUGCUUUAUCCGCCUCACUGACUAUCUAAUUGUGAAUACAUUGCAUGUGCUGACAGUCAACUCUGUUAACACCCUUUUGAAUUAUCUGAUGGAAAAACUGAAACAGACACCUCCAGUCGAAGUUAUACAGAAGUGGAUUGAUGAGAAGUUUGAAAUAGUUGAGAAAAAGGCUGGUGCACCAACAACGGACAGGCAAGAAGAGGAUGAAUCUCUUCAACCCAUGUUUGUUACAGAACUCAUGCUGGAGAUGAAGUCUUUGUAUUUUGACCCGUCUUUGGAAAAUUUUCAGGAAGGUAUUUCAGAUACUAUUCAUCGGUUUGAGUUUACUGUUCUAUCAGUCCCUAAUCUGGUACCUGAUCCUUAUUUCGAUUCUUUCACCCGUCCUAUUAUUAACAACAAACUUGAAGAAAAGACUUGUGGAGAUGGUCCAAGUUUAGCAGUUGUGUUUGAGGAUGACAAAUACCUGCAUUCCAUAAUUUUUAAAAUAAAGGAAGCCAUCCAUGCUGCAUUUGAGACUGCCAACAUCUACGCAGCUACUUUUGAAAAGUUCCAGUUGUUUUAUAGGGAAAAUGAAAGUCUCGAUUUAGAUGCUCUGCAAAAAGAGGAACCUGGUGUUCGUUUCUUUGCUGAUCAACUAGAAAAAUAUCAUCGAGAACACAAGGAUGCCUUAGGUCUAAAGCCUACCAGAAAUAUAGGAUUAUUGCUUAUUGAUACCAAAAAAAUGAAAGAAAAACUAAUUCCAUCACCUUUGCGUUGCUUGGAAGUUAUAAAUACCAUGCUUCCCCUCCAAAGCAAGAAAAAAGUGGAUGCUAUUAUCUCAGAGGCCCAAGAUGCAGAAUACAGACUUGAGUUUGUUCCAUCAGCAACUGUAGAAUAUGUUAAUAGUUUGAUCUUCCUUGAUGAAAUCCAGGAAAGGAUUGAAAGUAUUGAAGAUGAAGCCGAUACCGUUACUAAAAUGUAUAAGCUUAUUGACCUAUAUCAAGUUCCUACACCCCCUGAAGAUUUUGCCGUAUUUGCCACUAUGAAACCAUCAAUUGUUGCAGUCCGAAAUGCAAUUGAUAAGUCAGUGGGCGAAAGAGACACCAGCAUUAAAUUGUUUUGUCAACAUUUGAACAAGGAUGUGGAAGAACUAAAUAAUGAAGUGAAUGAAGUAAAACUGCAAGCUCAGGAUCCACAGAUUUUGGACAUUUCAGCCGACCAAACAAAGAUAAAAGUGCUACUGGGUGAAUUACAGGUGACUUUGGAUGACCUCCAGAAACGUGCUUUCCAGUAUAAAUCCUACCAGAAAAACUUUAAGGUAGAAGUGUCCAAAUUUGAUGCUCUUGAAGAAGUCAGUGCGGAGCUGAAACUAAAGCAGCUGCUCUGGGAUUCUCUUUAUGAAUGGGACAUCCUCCAAAAAGACUGGUUAGAGUGUAAAUUUGAACUUCUGGAUCCAGAGAACCUGAAUUCUCAAGUGUCGAAGUAUGCCAAAUUUGUGAGUCAGCUGGAAAAAGGUUUGCCCCCUAACAACGUUGUGCCACAGCUCAAGGCUAAGGUGGAGAUGAUGAAGGAGAAACUUCCAGUGAUCACAGACUUGAGGAACCCAUUCUUGAAGCCAAGACACUGGGCAACUAUUGAACAAAUAGUCGAUGUUACCCUUGUGGACCCUGACAAUCCAUUAACUUUGGAUCGUCUUAUUAUUCUGCAUGUUUUUGAAUUUGGACCUGAGAUUCAGGAUGUUUCUGGGCAGGCUUCUGGAGAAGCAUCUCUUGAGACAAUACUCAAAAAGGUGGAGGACUCUUGGAAAACAACAGAAUUCAUUGUUUUGCCUCAUCGAGAUUCCAAAGAUGUUUUUAUCCUGGGUGGAACAGAUGACAUACAGGUCCUUCUAGAUGACAGCAUCAUUAAUGUGUCCACAAUCGCCUCUUCCAGAUACGUGGGUCCACUCAAACCUCGAGUUGAUGAAUGGCAAAAGCAACUUGCUUUAUUUAAUCAAACACUGGAGGAGUGGCUGACUUGCCAGAGAAAUUGGCUUUACUUAGAGAGUAUUUUCAGUGCUCCCGACAUUCAGAGACAACUGCCAGCAGAGGCCAAAAUGUUUUUACAGGUGGAUAAAUCAUGGAAAGAAAUCAUGAGAAAAGUUAACCGUUUGCCCAAUGCUCUCCGGGCAGCUACUCAACCAGGACUUCUGGAAACUUUUCAAAAUAAUAAUGCCCUGCUUGAUCAAAUUCAGAAGUGUCUUGAGGCUUAUUUGGAAUCAAAGAGAGUUAUCUUUCCAAGGUUUUACUUCUUAUCCAAUGAUGAGCUUUUGGAAAUUUUGGCCCAGACCCGCAAUCCACAAGCAGUUCAGCCUCAUUUGAGGAAGUGUUUUGAUGCCAUCUCUAGGCUGGAAUUUGCUGUUUUGAUCUCCACUGAGCCCAAACUGCCUGGUAUUGAAACAGAACCGGAAAAGGUUUUUACAAAUGAUAUUUUAGCCAUGCUAUCACCAGAGGGAGAGCGGGUUGGCCUGGGGAAAGGCCUGAAGGCUCGAGGGAAUGUGGAAGACUGGCUGGGCAAAGUGGAAGAAGCCAUGUUCACGUCCCUGAGGCGCCUGAGCAAAGCUGCCAUCGCUGACUACCAGCUCAAGAUCCGGAUCGAGUGGGUGGUGGCUGGCCAUCCCUCCCAAGUUGUGCUGACCAUUUCUCAAAUCAUGUGGUGUCGUGACUUGACUGAAUGCUUGGAAGGGGAAGAUCAAGACCACUUGCAAGCAAUGGAAGCUUUUGAAAAAACAAACUUUGAGAGACUAAAUGCUUUGGCGGGUUUGGUCCGAGGUAGUCUUCCCAAAUUACACAGAAACAUCAUAACUGCCUUAAUUACUAUCGAUGUCCAUGCAAGAGACAUUGUCAGCGAACUCGUGGCAACAAAGGUGUCCACUUCUGACUGCUUUGAAUGGCAGAGACAGCUGCGUUAUUAUUGGGAUCUAGACCUGGAUAACUGUGUGGCCAAAAUGGCUCUGUCUCAGUAUACCUAUGGCUAUGAGUACCUGGGUGCAUGCCCAAGACUGGUGAUCACCCCCCUCACCGAUCGUUGCUACCUCUGUCUGAUGGGAGCCCUACAGCUUGACCUGGGGGGAGCGCCAGCUGGACCUGCAGGCACUGGAAAAACAGAGACCACAAAAGAUCUGGCCAAAGCACUCGCCAUUCAGUGUGUGGUAUUUAACUGCUCUGAUGGUUUGGACUAUAAGAUGAUGGGAAGAUUCUUCAGUGGUUUGGCUCAGUCAGGAGCCUGGUGCUGUUUUGAUGAAUUUAACCGGAUCGAUAUAGAGGUUCUGUCUGUAAUUGCUCAACAGCUGAUUACAAUCAGAAAUGCCAAAGCUGCAAAGCUCUCUCGGUUUAUGUUUGAGGGGCGUGAAAUAAAGCUGGUUAUGACCUGUGUGGCAUUUAUCACCAUGAAUCCUGGCUAUGCCGGACGAACUGAAUUACCUGAUAACCUGAAAGCUCUGUUUAGACCAAUUGCUAUGAUGGUUCCAAAUUACGCCUUGAUCGCAGAGGUGAUUUUGUAUUCUGAAGGAUUUGAAUCCAGCAAAAUCCUUGCAAGAAAAAUGACUCAGAUGUAUAAACUUUGCAGUGAACAGCUUUCUCAGCAAGAUCACUAUGACUUUGGCAUGAGAGCAGUGAAGUCUGUCUUGGUCAUGGCUGGGUCCCUCAAGAGAGAGAACCCGAACCUAAAUGAAGAGGUUGUGUUGAUAAGAGCCUUGAGAGAUUCCAAUUUACCUAAAUUUCUUACAGAUGAUGCCCUUCUCUUCAGCGGAAUUAUUUCUGAUCUUUUCCCCGGAGUCCUCAUUCCGGAACACGAUUAUGGUAUUCUGCAGUCGACAAUUAUAGAAGUCAUGGUUGGACAAAAGCUGCAGCCCGAACCCUGUAUGGUUCACAAAGUUAUACAGUUCUACGAAACCAUGCUUGUAAGACACGGCGUCAUGCUUGUUGGGCCAACGGGAGGUGGAAAGACCACAGUUUACCAAAUUCUCGCCGAAACCUUGGGGGUGUUGCAUAGAAUGGGAAUCCAAAAUUACUUUUACCAGCCAGUCAAGACAUACAUUCUGAAUCCAAAGUCCAUCACAAUGGGUGAGCUGUAUGGAGAAGUGAACAAUUUAACCUUGGAGUGGAAAGACGGCCUGAUGGCACUAAGCGUCCGAGCAGCGGUGAAUGAUACUUCAGAAGACCACAAAUGGAUCGUUAGCGAUGGGCCGGUGGACGCCCUUUGGAUUGAAAACAUGAACACCGUUUUGGAUGAUAAUAAGAUGCUUUGUUUGGCCAAUAGUGAAAGAAUUAAACUCACCCCUUACAUCCACAUGAUGUUUGAGGUACAAGAUCUAAGGGUUGCUUCUCCUGCAACGGUCAGUCGCUGUGGGAUGGUGUUUGUGGAUCCUGAAGAGCUAAAAUGGCUACCAUAUGUCCUGACAUGGAAGUCGAAUUUUGCUGAUAAAAUGAAUGACGAAACAUGGGAAUAUCUAUUAAGUCUAUUUCAGCGUUAUGUGGAACAAGGCCUAAAGUUUGUCACUAAAAAGUGUGCUCAAGCUAUCCCUCAAGUGGACAUCAGCAAAGUGACCACCCUCUGCUGUUUAUUGGAGUCCCUCCUAUUUGGGAAAGAUGGGCCCGACUUAACUAUGGAACAAGGAAAAUUAAACAGCAUCCUAUGCCAGACAUUUGCAUUUUGCUAUUUGUGGUCAGUGGGUGGAAACCUGACUGAAAUCUACUGGGAUGCUUUUGACACCUAUGUCAGACAGCAGUUUGAGGAUGCUCCAGAGGCCAAGCUCCCAAGCUCUGGUGAUCUGUGGAGCAUUCAUAUGGAUUAUGAUACCAAACGCCUGGACCCUUGGGAACGAAUUAUCCCUCCCUUCAAGUAUAACCGAGAUGUGCCAUUUUUUGAGAUGCUUGUUCCCACAACAGACACUGUACGCUACGGUUAUCUAAUGGAAAAACUGCUUGCUGUCAAACAUCCCGUUCUCCUGACUGGAACCACUGGGGUUGGCAAGUCUGUGGUUGCCCGAGGAUUGCUGAACAGAAUACAAGACCAAGCUGGGUAUGUUCCUGUCUACCUCAACUUCUCUGCACAAACGUCAUCAGCAAGAACACAAGAAAUCAUUGAGUCAAAACUGGAAAAGAAAAGAAAAAACAUUCUAGGAGCACCAGGUACCAAAAGAGUCGUAAUUUUUGUGGACGACUUGAAUAUGCCCAAGUUGGAUACCUAUGGUUCUCAACCUCCUAUUGAAUUGCUUAGACAGUUUCUGGAUUUUGGUGGAUUUUAUGACAGAGAGAAGCUCUUUUGGAAAGAAAUACAGGAUGUAACAAUUGCAUCAGCAUGUGCGCCUCCAGGAGGGGGUCGCAAUCCUGUAACCCCUCGUUUCAUUAGACACUUCAGCAUGUUAUGCCUCCCAACACCUUCCGAACAUAUUUUAAAGCAAAUUUUUCAAGCCAUCCUGAACGGUUUUUUAUACGAGUUUGCUCCAGCUGUGAGGCAGUGUUCAUCCAGUAUCGUGGAAGCUGCUGUUGAGAUUUAUAACAGGAUGAGCAUCGAUCUCCUCCCAACACCUGCAAAAUCCCAUUAUGUGUUCAAUUUGCGAGAUUUAUCCAAAUGCGUGCAAGGUAUCCUGCAAUGUGAUCCAACGAUAGUCAGGGAGGAGAUGCAGAUAUUUAGACUGUUUUGCCAUGAAUGUCAGAGAGUUUUCCAUGACCGCCUGAUCAAUAAUGAAGAUAAGCAAUACUUCCACUCCAUGCUAGCAGAAAUGGCCAGUAAACAUUUUGCCAUUCCAAUUGAUCCAGAAUAUUUUAUCCAAAAACCGGUCAUAUUUGGAGAUUUUAUAAAGAUUGGUAUUGAUAAAGCUGACCGCCUCUAUGAAGACUUGGUGGACAUGAACAAGAUAGCUUCCGUUUUACAGGACUACCUUGACGAUUACAACAUAAUGACCUCUAAAGAAGUAAAGCUGGUGUUCUUCCAGGACGCCAUUGAGCACGUGUCAAGGAUUGCUCGCAUGAUUCGCCAGGAAAGGGGAAACGCUCUGCUCGUCGGUGUAGGCGGGACAGGAAAACAGUCUCUGACCAGGCUUGCCUCUCACAUCUGUGGCUACAAGUGUUUUCAGAUAGAGCUCAGUCGAGGCUAUAACUAUGACACUUUCCACGAUGACCUCAGGAAGCUCUAUAAGAUGGCAGGCGUGGAAGACAAAGACAUGGUUUUCCUUUUCACUGACACUCAGAUCGUUGUGGAAGAGUUCCUGGAAGACAUCAACAAUAUUCUGAACUCAGGGGAAGUGCCAAACCUAUUUGAAAAAGAUGAGCUGGAGUAUGUCAUGGCGGCCACAAGGCCGAAGGCGAAGGAAGCAGGAAUUGCAGAGGGCAACAGAGAUGAGGUGUUUCAGUUUUUUAUUAGUCGAGUUCGCCAGAAGCUGCAUAUCGUGUUGUGUAUGAGCCCCGUCGGGGAGGCUUUCCGCUCACGGUGUCGGAUGUUUCCAUCCCUCGUGAACUGUUGCACAAUCGACUGGUUUGUGCAGUGGCCCAGAGAAGCCCUUCUUUCUGUAUCAAGGACAUUUUUCUUAAAUGUUGACCUUGGAAGCCAAGAAGUAAAAGAAAAGCUUUCACUGAUGUGUGUGGAUAUUCACAUGAGUGUGACCAAUAUGGCUGAUCGAUAUUACUCGGAGCUGAGGAGGCGAUACUAUACCACGCCUACUUCCUAUUUGGAAUUAAUUAACCUUUACCUCUCAAUGUUGACUGAAAAAAGAAAGCAGUUGGUUUCAGCUCGUGAAAGAGUGAAGAAUGGUUUAACAAAGCUAUUAGAGACAAACGUGCUUGUCGACAAAAUGAAGUUAGAUCUUUCGGCUUUAGAGCCCGUUCUUAUAGAAAAAUCAGUGGAUGUUGAAGCUUUGAUGGAAAAAUUGGCAGUGGACCAGGAACAAGCAGAUCAGGUCCGUUGUGUUGUUCAAGAGGAUGAAGCAAUAGCAAAGGUGAAAGCUGAAGAGACGCAAGCAAUAGCUGAUGAUGCUCAACGGGAUCUUGAGGAAGCCCUCCCAGCCCUAGAUGCUGCCAACAAAGCUCUUGACUCUCUAGAUAAAGCAGAUAUAUCUGAAAUCAGAGUUUUCACCAAGCCACCAGAUAUGGUCAUGACUGUCAUGGAAGCUAUUUCCAUUCUCUUAAAUGCCAAACCUGACUGGCCCACAGCAAAACAGCUUCUCGGGGAUUCAAAUUUCCUCAAAAGACUUUUAGAAUAUGACAAGGAGAAUAUAAAGCCAGUUAUAUUGGCAAAGCUCCAAAAAUAUAUUAAUAAUCCUGAUUUUGUGCCUGAAAAAGUAGAGAAAGUGUCCAAGGCUUGUAAAUCCAUGUGUAUGUGGGUGAGAGCUAUGGAUUUGUAUUCUCGAGUCGUUAAGGAAGUUGAACCCAAAAGGCAAAAACUCCAAGCUGCUCAGGCUGAGCUCGAUGCUACUAUGGCCACCCUCAAGGACAAACAGAAGAAAUUAAGACAGGUAGAAGAUCAGAUUCAAGCUUUACAGGAUCAGUAUGAAAAAAGCCUGAAUGAAAAAGAGAAUCUUGCCAGAACCAUGGACCUUACCCAAGCUCGCCUCACCCGAGCUGGGAAGCUCACGGCUGCCCUGGGAGAUGAGCAGGUGCGAUGGGAAGAAAGCAUCCAGAACUUUGAAAGUGAGAUCUCCAACAUCACCGGGAAUGUGUUCAUUGCAGCCGCGUGCGUGGCGUACUACGGCGCUUUCACGGCCCUUUACAGACAGCUGUUGAUAGAUUGCUGGAUUGAACAGUGUGUCCUCCUUGAGAUCCCAAUCAGUGGUGACUUCAGCCUGAUCAACAUCCUGGGGGAUCCUUAUGAGAUACGGCAAUGGAACACUGAUGGCUUACCACGUGAUCUGGUAUCUACUGAAAACGGCAUUCUGGUGACUCGAGGACGACGAUGGCCCUUGAUGAUUGACCCCCAAGACCAGGCAAAUCGUUGGAUAAGAAACAAAGAAUCUCAAAAUGGGUUAAAGAUAAUUAAGCUCACGGACACUGGAUUUCUGCGCACGCUUGAAAAUUCCAUUCGACUUGGGUUGCCAGUCUUGCUAGAAGAGCUGAAGGAAACUCUGGACCCUGCCCUGGAGCCGAUUCUCUUGAAGCAGACGUUUGUGAGUGGCGGGAGGAUGCUCAUCCGCCUUGGAGACUCUGACAUCGACUAUGACAAAAACUUUAAGUUCUACAUGACGACCAAGAUGCCCAAUCCCCACUACCUCCCCGAGGUCUGCAUUAAAGUUACUAUCAUUAAUUUCACUGUGACCAGAUCUGGCCUGGAAGAUCAGUUGUUAAGCGACGUCGUGAGGCUUGAAAAACCCGAGCUAGAAGAGCAAAGAAACCAGCUCAUCGUGAGGAUCAACGCCGACAAAAACCAGCUGAAAGCCAUUGAGGACAAAAUCCUAAAGAUGCUGUUCACGUCUGAAGGAAACAUUCUGGACAAUGAGGAACUUAUCAACACCCUCCAGGACUCAAAGAUCACCUCGGGGGCCAUUAAAACCAGACUGCAAGAGGCAGAGUCCACCGAAAAGAUGAUCAAUGCCGCUCGGGAGAAGUACCGGCCUGUGGCAACUCAGGGCUCGGUCAUGUACUUUGUCAUCGCGAGCCUGUCAGAAAUAGACCCCAUGUAUCAGUACUCCUUAAAGUAUUUUAAGCAGUUAUUCAACACGACCAUCGAAACCUCAGAACACAACGAUGACCUGCAGCUGCGCCUAGCCAUCCUCCUCGAUCAGACGCUCUUGACCUCAUAUGUCAACAUUUCCCGGGGACUCUUUGAGCAGCACAAGCUCAUCUACAGCUUCAUGCUCUGUGUCGAAAUCAUGCGCCAGAAGGAAGAAUUAACAGAAGAAGAAUGGAAUUUCUUCCUCCGCGGCGCCGCGGGCUUAGAGAAGGAGCGCCCGGCCAAACCUGAGAUCCCCUGGCUCCUAGAUGUCAUGUGGUUUGCCUGUUUUGACUUAGAAGACACCUUUCCGGUUUUUCAGGGAAUUUCGGGGCAGAUAUUGCUCAAUCCCAUUUCAGUCAGACUUGGAAAUUUCAAAACCCAUAUUAACCCCAAAUCCUGGGAGGGCUAUUCUGAAGACACAGCAGAAAGCCAAGAAUCAAAAGACCAUUGGAAUACAAACUUGAGCAUGUUUCAGAAACUAAUUCUUAUUAAAUGCUUUAAAGAAGAAAAGGUGGUUUUUGCUAUUACAGAAUUUGUGAUAGAAAAUCUAGGGAAACAAUUUAUAGAGAAUCCACCAGUGGAUCUAGCAACACUGUAUCAAGAUAUGUCCUCCUCCACCCCUCUCGUAUUCAUUUUAAGCACUGGCUCAGAUCCAAUGGGAGCCUUUCAGAGAUUUGCAAGAGAAAGUGGAUAUUCAGAAAGAGUGCAAUCAAUUUCCCUGGGACAAGGCCAAGGACCUAUUGCUGAAAGGAUGAUUAAAGAUGCUUUGAAAACAGGAAAUUGGGUAUUUCUUCAAAACUGUCACCUUGCAGUGUCAUGGAUGUUGGCUAUGGAAGAGCUUAUUAAAAGUUUUACCGAACCAAAUGUUUCAAUUAAGGAAAGUUUUCGACUUUUUUUGAGUUCCAUGCCUAGUACCACAUUUCCUGUUACAGUCCUUCAGAAUUCUGUCAAGGUUACCAAUGAACCUCCAAAAGGUCUCCGUGCAAAUAUCAGACGAGCAUUCACUGAGAUGACACCUUCAUUUUUUGAAGAAAACAUACUUGGAAGGAAAUGGAGGAAAAUCAUUUUUGGCAUUUGUUUCUUCCAUGCUAUCAUUCAGGAGAGGAAGAAGUUUGGCCCUCUUGGUUGGAAUAUCUGCUAUGAAUUUAAUGACAGUGAUAGGGAAUGUGCCUUACUAAAUCUAAACCUUUACUGUCAAGAAGGAAAGAUACCGUGGGAUGCCUUGAUCUACAUCACAGGUGAAAUCACUUAUGGAGGCCGGGUUACAGACACUUGGGACCAAAGAUGCCUUCGCACAGUCUUAAAGAGGUUUUUUUCUCCUCAAACGUUAGAAAGGAAUUACAAGUAUUCAGAUUCAGGCAUAUAUUUUGCACCUUUGGCGGACAACAUACAAGAUUUCAGAGACUAUAUUGAAAAUUUGCCAUUGAUUGAUGACCCAGAAAUAUUUGGGAUGCAUGAAAAUGCCAACUUAGUUUUCCAGUACAAAGAGACCAACACUUUCAUCACUACUAUACUUGAUGUCCAGCCAAGGUCCGGUGGCGGCGGGGGUGGAAAAAGCAAUGAUGAAAUUGUCCAAGAACUUGUUACUUCAGUCUUGUCAAGGGUACCAGUAAAACUGGAGAUGGAAGGAGCUUCGGAGAGCCUCUUUGUCAAGGAUUCCCAAGGACGCCCCAACUCCUUAACAACCGUCCUUGGACAAGAAGUGGACCGAUUUAAUGGCCUUCUCAAUUUAAUCCGAACUUCCCUAGAAACACUGGACAAGGCAAUUGCUGGAUUUGUUGUUAUGUCUGAAGAAAUGGAAAGGGUAUACAAUAGCUUCCUUAACAAUCAGGUUCCAGUAUUGUGGUCCAAUGCAGCAUACCCUUCACUAAAGCCUUUAUCAUCCUGGGUCAAAGAUCUUGUCCUGAGGACUUCUUUUGUGGAUCUGUGGCUCAAGAGGGGACAGCCCAAAUCCUUCUGGAUCUCUGGUUUCUUUUUUCCUCAAGGAUUUCUAACAGGAACUCUUCAGAACCACGCUCGGAAAUACAACUUACCUAUAGAUGAACUUAAUUUUUGCUAUAAUGUUAUCCCUGUUUACCGAGACCAAGCACUGGUGAUUGAAGCGUCCAAAUCCAUACAGUUCGGACAGGCGUCACCCAUGGAUAUGGAGCUGCCAAGUCCUGAAGACGGCGUGCUAGUGCACGGCAUGUUCAUGGAUGCUUCACGCUGGGACGAUGAGAACAUGGUCAUAGAGGACGCUUUGCCUGGACAGAUGAACCCCAUGCUGCCAGUGGUGCAUUUUGAGCCUCAUCAGAACUAUGAACCCAUUCCCUCACUCUAUCACUCUCCACUCUACAAAACUGGAGCCCGGGCUGGGACCCUCUCCACCACCGGCCAUUCAACCAAUUUUGUGGUGACGAUCCUCUUACCGUCCCAGAAAUCAAAUGACUACUGGAUAGCCAAAGGAUCCGCUCUGCUUUGCCAACUGAAUGAGUAAGGACGAUGGGGCGGCAGUUUGAUGGUCCAAGAAGUGUGAAAACACAUUCUUCCCUGAGAGAAGCCCCGUGUACAAAGACACAAUGGUGCUGGCCUGUCGUUGGCUCCAGCCGGACAUGGUGUGUUAUCAGUGAUGACUAUACAAUAAA